AUGAAAAUGCUGAAUCCGCACAAACCAGGCCUGGAACGCCGGAUCGUUGGCUCAACCAACCGCUGGCGUCUCCCCAGAGAGCCUUUUUUGGGGGACCUGCUGGCGCUUUCCCAGAUGUGCAAGGCUGUCAACGUAGACUUCGAUGAAGUUCUGAAGAACCCAGACAGGUUAUGCGUUUCACAAAUUCAGAAAAGUUUCCCUGAGAAAUUGAAGAAAAAGGCCAUCCAAAGUGGGGAGACAGAUGUGAUUCUCGAAUGUCUUGGCUUCAAAUGGGAACUCCAUCAGCCCCAGCUUUUUCAGUCUGAGACCCUGACCAAGCUUUACCUGAUGGCCUUGGCGCGGGGCAACACAAACUCUGAGAAGGAGCCUGAUAAGCUUCUGCAAGCUCAGUUGCCUGGGAAGAUCAAAGAACAACGCCCCGUAAGGAAGAUGAUCAUUUCCUUGAAGAUCAACGACCCUCUGGUCACCAAACCUGCCUUCGCCACGGCCCUGAAGAACCUCUAUAUGUGCGAGGUGAAGAUGAGCGUGGACGAGGUGCUGGGCGUGCUGGCUGCUGCCCGCAUUCUCCAGUUUGGCAGCCUGUUUCAAAGGUGUGUGACCAUGAUGAUGAACGGACUCACACCGAGCACCAUCAAGAACUUCUACCUGGCCGGCUGCAAGUACAAGGAAGAACCGCUCACCACUGCCUGCGAGAAGUGGAUGGAGAUGAACUUGGUCCCUCUGGUGGGAACACAGAUCCACCUCCGGAAAAUCCCGCAGGAGCUGCUCCACAAAGUGCUGAGGUCCCCCAGGUUGUUUACUUUUAGUGAGUUUCACCUCCUGAAAACACUCCUUUUGUGGGUCUACUUGCAACUAAACAACAAAACUCAGACAAUUCCAAUCUAUGAAACUGUGCUGACAUUUUUUAGCAGCUUCCCCAAGAAGUGUUCCUUUCUGGACCAGGACGUGGGGCAGACCUUCAUGCCGCUCUUCCUUUGCCUGCGUCUGCAUGGCAUCACCAAAGGCAAGGAUCUGGAGGAGCUAAGGCACAUAAACUUCUUCCCUGAAUCCUGGCUGGUUCGGGUUACAGCCAACCAUUACCACGCGCUGGAGAAUGGGGGCGACAUGGCCCACGUGAAAGAUCUUACCACCCAGGGGAUGAGAUUCGGGCUGCUCUUUAACCAGGAGUAUACGACACAUUCAGAAGUGAUUGCCGUAUAUGGAUUCUUCUUUGAGAUAAAGGGAAUCAAACAUGAUACUACCUCGUACAGUUUUCACAUGCAGAGAAUAAGGCACACAGACUUGGAAUUCGCCUCCUCGGUCUACGAGCACAGCCCCGUCAGCCUGAGAGCAGAGCGCUUGGUGACUUACGAGAUCAGAGCCCAGACCCUGGUGGGCGGCAAGUGGCAAGAAUUCAGGACAAACCAGAUCACGCAAAAGUUUGGGUUGGUCAAGCCAUCCUGCAAAAGCCACGCCUUGAAAAUCCAAACUGUGGGCAUCCCAAUCUAUGCAAGUUUUUCAUUCGUCUUCUCAUUAUCUUAACAGUUUUCAGAAGAA